GGGCUUUUGUUUGGGUGGGCGUGCCCUGCUCAUCAUUCAUAUGGAUGUCCCGUGGUACCACCCGAAGAUGCCGGCUCCGUCCAAAGGGCUCGAAUACCUCCGCAAAAAGAAUGUGACCUGGGCAGUGGAACAGCCAUCAAGUUCCUUGUUGCCAUUGUACAAGCCCAUUAAGGCAGGGUUUGGUGUAUAA